UAUCAGAGUCUGGAAAAGUGGGUAAAAGUAAAUGUUUCCUUAUUUCGCGUUAUAUGAUCGGUUACAGUCCGUUUUUGAACAUUUUUGCACUUGAACAUGACAAUAAGGAAAUUAAUAUCUAAUCUAAUCAUGUCAACGUGUUUGAUACGCCGCCUCUAAGCAAAAUAUGGGCGGGUCUCUCACAAAUAUCACCCUAUCAGCAUCCUGCAUGAGUUUCAAUCCCCGCCCCUUUCAAUUACCUCUUACGGAAUGUAUAUGACAGGCUGUGAGACCGGCAACUCUCAUUCUGAUGUAAAGUAAAAAAGUGAUGCACUGUUAUUUAUACUACAGUAAUGUACCCAGUACAAUGAAAUAAAUCAAGAAACACCGGUAUGUUAGGCAUGUCAGACACGAGACGGGUCUUAUUUUGGCCGUAAAAGAGACAGGAGUAAUUCUCAGAAGUCGGAAGCGUGUGUUAGAGACAGUCAGAAAGCGAUUCAUUUUUUUUUUUUUGCUUUUGCUCCUUUUUCCAUUAAAGUUUUUUUUUCCUGCGGAGCCUGUUCAUUUUAGGUAGGUAACAAAAGUUAGUUGUCAACCUAUGAUACUGCACGUAAGCGCCGAGCGAGCCUGCAAAUGGGCGGCAUAGGUGGCAGCUUCUAUAUCAACAUGCUCAAUGGAAGCGACGCACAAAGUUUGGCCAAAGACGCAGAGACGAGCGGUCACCUUCACCGGACCAAGGAGCUAGCGGACUUCAAAAUGGGCGUCCAAGACGCGAGGCUGUACUAUCCAGACUCAGUUCCAAACGGCCAGGACAACUUUCCGCUGCAGUAUCACGGUGAGCAGAGCGCCGGUGAACUCGGAGCGCAGGCGGAAAGGUUUUACACGGCGGCAGCGGCGGCGGCUGCGGCUGCAGCUCCGCUCGGUAACUGCGCGUUCAGCCGCAGCAGCGUGGCCCCGGCGUACACAGGGGUUGAUGGCUAUUCAGCGGACAGUAAAGACGGCUUCUCGAACAGCGCGGACUCGUAUCACGCGCACUUUCAGCAUGGCUACCCGCGCGCGCCUCUCUAUUCCUUACCUGGCCUACAGGUGUGCGGCAAAACGCAGGUGCUCCUCAACAACUACCCGCUGUGGGCCAAGUUCCAUAAGUACCAAACCGAGAUGAUCAUCACCAAGCAGGGCAGGAGGAUGUUCCCAUUUCUCAGUUUUAAUAUCAGUACUCUGGAUCCCUCAGCUCACUACAACGUGUAUGUGGAUGUAGUAUUGGCUGAUCAGCACCACUGGAGGUACCAGGGAGGCAAGUGGGUCCAGUGUGGCAAAGCAGAAGGCAACAUGCCAGGAAACAGGAUGUACAUGCAUCCCGACUCUCCUAACACAGGGAGUCACUGGAUGAGGCAGGAGGUCUCAUUUGGCAAGCUCAAACUCACCAACAAUAAAGGAAGCUCGAACAACAUGGCACAGAUGAUAGUGCUGCAGUCUCUCCACAAGUAUCAGCCACGCUUACAUAUCAUGGAGGUGAAGGAGGAUGGAACAGAAGACCCCUUCCGCAAUUGCAAGGCGCAGACCUUCAUCUUCCCCGAGACCCAGUUUAUUGCAGUCACUGCCUACCAGAAUGCAGAUAUCACUCAGCUGAAAAUAGACCAUAACCCUUUUGCAAAAGGUUUCCGAGACAAUUAUGACACAUUGUAUGCCCCGCCUGACUCGGAUCGUAUCACCCCCUCCCCCACUGAAGGCCAGCAGCUCAUGGCAGCCAGCUGCUACCCCCGCCAGCCUUACCUGGCCGAACAGUACAUGAGUCCGCUGCAGCACAGCCGCUUUUACAGCUGCGAGCCUGUCAGCAUGGCGCAAGGAUGCCCCAAAGACUCAAAUGGAAGUCACCAUGGGUGCUGGUACCUUCCUGGCAAGCAGGGAACGUCCUCCAACCUUCUGGAAUUUGGCUCUUAUGAAGGUGACUAUAUGGCAAACAGCCUAUACAAGCCAUUUCCUUUACAGACAUCACCCCACCACCCACUGAGCUACUAUCCAGAGAGUCCAUUUACUACUGGGCCAAUAUCAAGUGCUAGCCCUGCCACAUGGAGCACAGCAAGACCUUCACCACAGUACCUCAGCCACUCUCAUCCCGGUAAAGCCACAUCUAGCCUGAGUUGGUUCCGUCCCAUGUCUUCACCUGCCAUGUCCUCCUCUCCUCCAGCAGUGAAUUCCCGCCUUCACACUUCUCCAUCACUCCUUGAAUCUUUAAAGCUGCCUGUAAUACAAGACAAGCCAAAAGAGGUGGUGGAGGACAUGUGGAUGGAGACCCCCUCCAUCAAAUCAGUAGACUCGGUGGACUCCGGUCUUUUUGAGGGUGCAGAGAGCAAGAAAAGACGGGUAUCACCCUAUGCUUCCAGCACUGAGAACUCUCCUCCCAUUCGCAGCAGUGAAGCCUGUGAGAAGGACAACAGCAGCGAUGCAGGCUACUACGGCUUCUACAGUCACUGAGAGCCAUCAUCUCUGAGUUAGUGUAGCACCCCUGCUGUGACCCACCCACAGAGUUCCACUGCCUUCUGGGACAAAACGCUGUGGGAGUCUAGGAGAACAGAGGCCAGUAACAACUAACACAGAACUCUCAAUCUUUUUUUUUUUUUUAAAGCAUUGGUGCUGUUCGCUUUUUAUCCCUACAGUGUUAUUGCUGGCCUUCUUAUAUUUGGUGCAUUGCUUCCCCAUGAUAGUGCUGUAUGGGUACGGUCAGGUAAAAGCACUCCACUCAUCCUGAAGGUCACUGUCAUGGUGAGGACUGGUGAGUCAAGAUGAUGUGACUGGGCUGAAACACUUGCCUGGAGAUAUAUGCAUGCACAGACAGACCUGGAUGAAUUCAGAAACUGUAUCUGUGCACACCUGCUGACACUCUCCUCAAGGACCUGUCCAGCCUCCCAGUUUUAACAUGCAUACACACACACACACACACACACACACACACACACACACACACACACAAUAGGUGCAAAGUUUUUCAAGAUUAUAGUUAUGUAUUUUAAGUAUAUCAUUAUGAUUUUUUUUUUUAUUCAAAUUUAUUCACAUUUUCACUACUCCAAAUGAGCAUUGUGUCCAAUUAAGUCAUAUGAUGCAAGUAAAUUAUAAGCGCUAAAGGAAGAAACAAAGGAAAUUUAUCUGCACAGAGAGGUCACCAUGUGUUCCACUCAUUAUAUGAGCUGUCCUGCCCUAACUAGAUCAUGUUGCAUAUGGCUCAGUACUGCUCGAUUGUUCAUUAAUGAACUAAAUGUAAUGGUUCCAUUUUAAAUUAAGCUUUGCUGAACCAUGGAUUCGUCUAAGAUGUAUUGCAGUACAAAUCAGGUGAUGGAGUAUUUUGCAGUCAACAGAAGCACAGCGAUGUCAGUCUGAUUAGUGUCAAAAUAACAUUCUUAACCCAACAUCAGCAAGUCUCGCAAAUAGGACAAGAAAGACAACAUGCAGAUAGACAGGGUGGGAAAAUGGACACCUGGAAGGGGCAUUGUGAUGACUGGACAUCAUAAUCAGACAACAGCAAAACAUAGCAAAACCUCAAUGACAGAGGAAGAACGAAACCUCAGUCUCACCUUAUCAGGACCCGCAGACCUCCAAAGGUGAGAAUGAUUUGACAGCUCAGUGGGUAAAAGCCAUAAGAAUUUUAACACACUGAUGUUGGAGGCAAACACACAAUACAUGGUUUACCUUUCAGUGUUUCGACACAUUUCCUUUGUCAUCUGCAAAAUGUGAUUUUUCGAAGAACCACAAGUCAAAAUAUUUUCCACAACAAUAUAUUUUAAUAUAACACAUAUGCACAUGCACACAAAGAGGGUGACAAUUUUAUUAUUAUUAUUGUUCCUAUUAUUAUUAUUAUUAUUUAUAUUUUGUUUCAACAAAUGAAAACAACAAUUCUGCACUUGCCCAUUAUGUAAUUUGUUUACAGUAGAAAUGCUUACAAUGUGACUUUUUAUGAAAUUUCUUGUUUUAUUCUUUAUUGUAAAACAUUUUUUUUUUUGAGCGACCCAAAAAUCCCACAUAAUCAAAUAUCAAAGCUUAAGCAGGUGUUCAAUGACUUUUAAACCACUGAGUUUGGAUUUGCUUACAUUAAAAUGGGAGCAGUGUAUUUAUUUCAGUGCCAAACCAAAUUACAUAUUAGCAAUACAAUGAUGAGGACAAUCGCAGUGAGAUAUUUCAUAUUGCUCCUGCUCAAUUAUAAACAUAUUGUUUGAUAUUACUCAGGUCAAGCAUGUGCCAAUGAUUAGUCAGCUUCAUUUGUGUAAGUAAUGGAGAUGUAGAAAGUUAAAUACUCAUUUAAAAUAACAGGGUUUUGUUUAUUGCUUUCUGGUUCUAAGUAGUUAAGGGCAAACAAUUGAGCUUAACUAGAGGUUAUUAUUUUACUGUUUCUAAUUUUAAGUGCAAUUUUAAGUGUUCAUAUUAAUUUAAGAGAACUGUAAGUAACUUUUUUUAUUAUUAUUAUUAUUGAACAAUUUUAGAAUAUGGAUUCAAACUAUUGUUUGUAUAUUUUAAGAACACUGAGAAUACAGGUGUACAGUAUUGUUAGGAUAAUUGUUAGCAUAUGUUUUAGGUGACCCCUAGUGGACUAUUUAACUAUUCUGAUAUAAUAGUCAUCAUUAUUUAUCAAAGUUUAAAAAAAAAAAAAAAAAAAAGGUGUAGAUCUAUGCACAUUAAAUAAUAUUUGAAGAAAUCUUCAUCUGAUUCCUGAGACUGUAAUACGUCAAAAUGAGUGGUUUGGCUCAUGUAAUGAAUCUGUUUCAGCUGUGUGGACACAUGCUCCCAUCCACUAGUCCCUUAUUUACAUUUGAUAUGCAUAGUGAAUACCCCAUUUUGCACCCAAAUACAUCUAUAUGCAUCUUGCUGCAUGUGAUGGAAUUUACCCCCAAGCCCCCCAAGUCUCUCCUUUAAAGUUUCUUUUUUAUGGACUAAUAAUGCCAUUAUCAGAUUGUCUUUAAGGUAUAUAUUUUUAUGUUGUUUUACUGAACCAUGGGUUUGACACUCUUCUUUGUGAAUGAUAAGCAUAUUCUGUAAUAUGUAAAUUAAUUUUCUCCAAAGUCAACUUAAAGCCAAGGUUCAUAAAUAACAUGAACCCUCCCUCAAAUAAUGCAAACAAACUGUACAGACUGAAAAGAUGUAUUUGAUUUGUUCUAACUAUAAUAAAAUGUCAUUUUUCAUUA